AUGAAGUGCCAUAAUACCAACAAGGGUCCGAGACCGCAUGGCAACUCCAACGAGAGAGCCGCCGGACGCACCGCCUCUCCUGCUCCCACACGGAAGGAUCGCAGAUCAUAUCAGAGAUGGUACUGGCAAGUAAGAGCCAAACUCCCGCAAGCUCAGAAGGAGCGGCAAUGGAGCCCGACACAACGGCAGGUACAGACCAUGAAGAGAGAAAGCGUUAUAAAGCACAGGACUAACCUGCCACAUCGCCCAGCUUCCCGCAAAGGGCCUGAAUCAGAAGGUCUGCCCACCCACAGCCAGUAUGCAGAAGCUCUCUCCAAGCCUAAGACAGGCACCCGGCUGAACAGAAAGGGACCCAAGAGGGGAAUCUAG